UCCAUAUUCGUCAUGUGCCACGUUUUGGUUUUGUCCAUCUUCUUGGCGACCCAAAAUUCAGGUCGACGCGACAGCCGCGACGAGAUCCCAGCUUCCAACGCUGUUCAACCCCUAACGUAGUAGCUAUAGGCUUGACUUUGUGCCUAUCGUCCUUCAUGCCGCUCAUCAACAUAUUCGUAUCGUCACCGGAUACGUACUCUGAGCGUCGAUUCGAGUCAUCAUUAGUUGUCAGCGAGUUGCAAGAGAAGCUUUACUCCAUCACAGGUAUCUCACCUCAGUUCCAACGUCUGUCUGUAUCCCAUUCAUCGUCCGCUGGUCAGCCUCAAUCCCUUGACGACCAGAACCGGUCAUUGGAUUCCUACGGCGUGAAGGAUGGCUAUCAUCUCAAGGUCGAUAAUCUGGACCCAAACGCCCGGCCUGGAGAGUUCUCCGAUGUCUCUGGGGUGAACAAGUUUGAGCUCAGCAAUGAGGAAUACGAGUCGAGACCAGAUACCGUCCUCGCUCAUCUCAAAGCCAACAAGAUGGGCCGAUUCGCUCCCGUUCCCGAGAACCUGUCACAUCCUCCACCUCCAUCUCAUGCGCUACCUGAGAACGUAUCGGUCGGAUCAAGAUGUCAAGUGGCCGGAGAGGGUGGUAACAUGGACCGCAUAGGAACGGUCCGGUUCGUAGGCAUAGCAGAGAUUGGCAAAGGAGGUGUCUGGAUCGGAGUAGAGCUGGAUGAACCGGUCGGCAAAGGAGAUGGGGAAGUCGAAGGCAAGCGAUAUUUCUCCUGUUCACCUAAACAUGCCAUCUUUGUCAGGCCAGAGAAAAUCACAACUGGAGACUUUCCCGAGGAAGAUCUGAUGGCGGAUGACGUUGAUGAAAUAUAAUACAGUACAUGCAUGAUAUACUUACGCA